AUGGUUAAUUAUCGAAGCAUUGAUGGACCGACCUUUGAUAGGAUAAUGAUAAAUGAAAGGGCGGGUGUUAGCAUCAGUAGAAACUUCGGGACUCAAUUGAUUGAAAAAGGUGGUUUUGAUAAUAUGACGUUUAACAAAAAGGAUGUGAGGAACGCCAUAGCUGUUGAACGUCGUAAAACAAUGUUUGAGAAAGGAGAUGCUGCCGGUCUUGAAGAGUAUUUCAAAUCACAACGAGAAUUGAAUUGCGAUUUUUAUAGUUCAAUGCAACGAGAUGAAGAUGGCAUUUUAAAGAACGCAUUUUGGUCCGACGCGCGUAGUAGAGGAGCUUGCAAAUAUUUCGGGGACGUGAUUAGUUUUGACACCACUUUUUCUAGAAAUAGGUAUCGUAUGGCAUUUGCUCCCUUUGUUGGCGUCAACCAUCAUGGUAAAUCGAUAGUCUUCGCUGCCGCUUUAAUCUCACACGAAGACACUGAUUCAUUUGUUUGGGUGUUUGAGGAAUGGCUGAAGUGCAUGGGGAAGCCUCCCAAGGGUAUUUUGACCGAUCAAGACAAGGCAAUAGGUAGAGCCAUAAGUGAAGUUUUCCCCCGUGUUCCACACAGGCUUUGUUUGUGGCACAUGUUACAGAAUGCUUCUCGCAAUCUAGGCAAGCUUGCAGAAUGGAAAAGCAUUGAUACACUCAUCCGAACAGCUGUCCACGAUAUGCUUGAUCCUAAUGAGUUUGAUGAGGCUUGGUGCCUUGUGAUGGACAAAUAUAAUCAACAUGACUUAGAAUGUGGACUAGUCCAGUUUAUUAAGAACUACGAGUUUUGUAUGAAUAUAAAGGCUGAGGAAGAGAAGAAGGAUAAUUUUGAUAGUGUAGAUAUGCCUCCUCAACUUGAUGUCGAUAAGAGUGUGUUAGCCGAGUAUAUUUUCCAUAAGGUUUACACGAACGCGAUGUUUGCUGAUGUUGUGCAUGAGCGUAAAGGUUUAACCCACACAAAUGUUACCAGAACUGAUUCACUAGGGUCACUUGUAUUGUAUAGAGCAGAUGAGAAACUAACCUCCCCACAUUAG